UCGUCUCUGAGCGUGUGACCCAACGCUGCGAAUUUCAGAGUCCCCUACAGAUUGAACCAUGAGGAAAUCGGUGAAUCGUCAGCCGGCGCCGGAGGUUGAGGAGAAUCAAGACAAGGAGCCCAGCUUUGAAGAGCUCAUCAACAUCGAGUUGAUUGAGAGCGGUGAGAAAGAGCGGUUAAUGGAGCUGUUGAGGGAGAGGCUGAUUGAGUGUGGGUGGAAGGAUGAAAUGAAAGCUCUUUGCAGGUCAUUCAUAAAGAAAAAAGGGAGGAACAAUGUUACUGUGGAUGACCUUGUACAUGUAAUCACCCCAAAGGGCAGAGCUUCCAUUCCUGAUUCCAUAAAGGCAGAGCUUCUGCAAAGGAUUCGUACAUUCCUAAUCUCGGCAGCUCUAUAAAGUAUCAUUCAACAUGAUGAAGCUUUUCUGGAAAACUCAUUGGAAUGCUAGUUCAGAAUUGGAAAAGUGCCAACAUAUGUUCAAUUCCUUGGUGGUUGGAGGCAACUGUUAUUUCUUGGCAGUAAAGCUUCAGACUUGAGAAUUGUAUCAAUGUUAUAGAAAGCACCCUAAUAUCACAUUGUGGUUGUAAUGAUAUUCAAUGCUAGUAUUUAAGUAUUUUACUGAUCUACUGAUGUUUUGUGUCGACAGUCACCAUUGAUAUUCACAUACACAUGUAAUUUUUUU